AUCAUCAUACCAAUGUAUUUGAAGAAUAAUAAAGAAAUAUAGAAGGCAACCUAUUUGCAUUACCUAUGUCACUGUGAAUAUUAUCAAUACUUUAUUUCUUAUCUUUAUUGAGGGUAGGUAUAACAUAUUUCUAACGCCGUAUUAUUGUAAUAUAAAGGGAUUGAGUAGAUGCUGAAAAUGAAAACUAAUAAAUUACGUAUAUUCACUUCACUAAUAAUUUUCCAAGUAUUAGUGAAGUGAAUAUACAUUUAGUAUUUAAUUAGAUUUAGUAUUUUAAUAGAUUUAGUAUCUAAUUAUGUAUUUACUACGUCCUAUGUAAGCAAGUAUGGCUACAGGAGUUAGUUAGAGUUACAGAGUUUUUCCUUUUUAUCCAGUCUAUGAUGAUAUCAUCUGCGAUCGUCCCAUCCAAAGAAUGUCCGAUCCCAAAGAAAGAGCAAUGCGAAAUGAAAUCUUAUUAAAUGUAUUGCAGAAUUGAAAUAUUAGAACGAGUAGAUGAUUGCAACAAGUAGGUAUAGUAUAGGACACAAGAUUUAACAAUAUAAUUAUAAACGUAUGCAAUCAGAGAUACCUAAUAAUUAUUUUUUUGAGAUAAAACAAUUUAAGUAAAUCUAAGAACAACAACUUUUUAGCUUACAGCCGUCUCUUCUCAGUACGAUCGACCUUUUAACUUUGGACCAAUUAUUAGUCCUUACAAAUAAUCAAACCUAACUAAAUAAACGACUCAAGCGCUUGUGAACUAAACCUAAAACAAAUUUGAAUUUGAACUUUUGCGACUCGGUUUUUCAUUACAAGCAACCUUGCAAUAAUUAGGAGCCAGGUAUUUUUAUUUCGAAAUUUUCAUGGGUCGUGCGGCGUCGUAAUGAAGAUGACAGGGGCGACGCGGCCACAACCGCAACUCGGCUGCUUAUAUACUCCGAGAUUCGGUGUUGUGUUCCAUAUAGCUCCUUGCACUCCUCGGCAGACGGAUAGCUGCGAAAUGUGGAAGAUUACUUUCGUUACGUUGGUGGCGUGGGUGUCGUUCAAAUCUUUCAGUUCAGCUCAAGAGUACCUUCCACCGAAGCCCACCGGUGGCGGCGGCGGCGGUAAUAAGAAACCAAUUGUAGAACCUACCUUACCAGCAAAUUAUGAGUUCACAUACGACGUGCAAGACAAUGGAGUCUCCUUGGACUUCGGGCACAACGAGAAACGCAAGGACGACCGCGCGCAGGGCUCCUACCACGUGCUGCUACCUGAUGGGAGGACGCAACUUGUGGAGUACGAGGCGGGCCCCGACGGGUACAGGCCACAGGUGAUGUACAUGGGCACUGCCACGUACCCGACGCAGACGGGCGGCGGCGGCGGCGGCGGCGGCGGCGACAAGUUCGACGGCUACCACUACAACGCCGCGUCCAACCGGCAGAGCGUGCGCGCCGCGCCGCGAGGCGGCGGCCGGCAGGCGGGAACAGCGCCGCCGCCCGCGCCCGCGCCCCCGCUGCUCUACUCGCCCAGCGGAAACGCCACACAAUAA